CAUACCCAUCAUCAUCACCAUCAUCGUCGACUGCUACAUACAGCCUUCUACCGUAUUUAAACCGCACUAUCCUUUGUCCGAAAUCCUUUUUUUUAUUUAUUUGUAUCCUUUCUCCUUAUUUUCUCCUCUUUCCUUUUUCUUUUCUUUUGCUGUUUGAUAUCUCUACACAACCCCACUCAUUCGUUCCAGUCAUUGAUCACUAGCAGGGCUUAACAUCUUGCUAUUACACCACACAUACGCACACAUUACCAGUUUUAUAUCGUAUCUCGACCCCUCAUCCUUUUUGUACCAAAACCAACCAUCAUGGCUUGCCAACGCAAUAACAAUAACAUCUCUCAUUCAUACACCUCAUGGAAGCGUGCCUUGUCAUCUCUGUUCGUGUUCAUGUCUGUAGCGCUUCUCUCUGCUAUCAUGCUCAGUCCAGUAUCCGCACAGUCCAGUCGAGGUGUUGAUUUCUUCAGAAGCCCCACUCGAUCCACAACAUGGUAUCUUGGAGAGUCUGUCAAUAUUCGUCUUCGUCGUUCCUUGUCAAAGGAAGAUAGCAACAAUACAAUGAUUUUUUUGGAAUACAGCACACGUGCCUGCCCAGGAUCAUCAUCACCAACAGCUGCUCGAUGGAUUGCAAAUGAGGACCGAUACCGGUACUGUGAUAAUCGAGCAGCCAAGAUCACAGCUUUGGGUCAAAUCGCACCUGGGUCAGAUUCUAUUCAAUGGACAAUCCCUACAACAUUGGACCUGCAGUUGUCAAGAGGUCGAUUCCAUCUUUAUGACUCGAACGGACAUACUAGCGACUCCUUUUUGAUUCGUCCUCGACCUCGACACUACCCAAGGGUUGGCAUGGUCGACCAGAUUAGGUUGUUUUAAGGGAAAGAGACGAAUGACAAAGCAAAACAAGAGGACAACACCAAAGAAAAAUAGAAAAAAAACAACAAAGAAGCAGGCAAGCAGGCAAACAAAAACAAAUAAGCAAACAAACAGGCAGUUGACCCGUAUUUUUUGCUCAUUGUGUACUUUUCCCUCCAUACCAUCCACCCCCCUUUCUCUCAUUUUUAGUUAGU